GCGUUCAUGUAGACUCACACUCGAAACCUGUUAAGAAUGACAGUACCUGGCAUACUCUCGACCAUUGCAAGCAAAAGCCACAUGUAACAUACUGUAGAUGCCAGAGUCAUUUUCGACUAUCAAAGGGUAAUGUAACGUUUGUUCGGAAUUGCGUCGGCCCUAUAACUUGGGUUUUUCAUAUCAGUGACAAGACAAGAUUUGGUAUAAGAUAUUAGUAGACAUUAGUAGUAUUCGGGGUUACAUAUAAGAACUGUACGCUGUAAGUGGACAUAUUGUGAGUAGUGUUUGAGUCGUGUGGGUUAUGAAGUAUUUAGUAUCUCUGGUGGCGCUGCUGGCGGCGGCGGCGGCGGUGGGGCAGGAGCCCGACACGCGGGGCCGCGGCCGCGUGCUGCUCGUGUUCCCCGUCCCCGGCAAGAGUCAUAGUUUUUUGGGAAAUUCUAUCGCCGAUAUUCUAAUAGACGACGGCUUUGAGGUGACGUACGUGACGCCCUUCCCCGUGAAAUCCAACCGCACCGAGCUCACCGUGGUAGACAUCAGCUCCAUAUUGGUAGACGACCCAGAAGCCAACCACUUGAACAUUGCUAAUCUGCUGGGGAAACCGACACCCAGCCACUGGGUGCUGGGAUUAGGGCACAUGUUUGCGAAGCAGGCCCUCCGCCACGCGGCGCUGCAGGAGCUGCUCAACGACGACAAGGUCACCUUUGACCUCGUCAUCGUCGACUGGUUCUACUCGGGACUACUCGCACCGUUGGCAGCGGUGUUCGACUGCCCCCUGGUGUGGUAUUCGAGCAGCGACUUGUCUUGGCAGUCGCUGCGGUAUGUACACGAGGCCAGCAGCGCGGCGCUCGCCGUAGACCCGCAGUCGCCGCGCGCGCCCGCCCCGCCCCUGGACACCGGCGACAAGCUGCGCCAGCUGAUGCUACAGCUUUAUCUUACAGGAUGGACACACUACUACAUGAGCCACGUGGACGUGACGGUGUACCGCGAGGUGUACACCGCGCCGCUGUUGCUGCGCGGUCGCCGCUCGCCGCCGUACGAGUCGCUGGUCUACAACGGUUCGCUGCUGUUAGUCAACUGCCAUCCGCCGCUCGGGCACAACCUGCCGCUGCCUAGGAAUGUGCAGUAUGUAGGCGGACACCACCUCAGCACCACGCCCAAACUACUGCCGAGUGACCUGCAACGACUCCUAGAUGAGUCUACGCAUGGGGUGGUGUACUUUAACCUGGGCUCUAACGUGAAGAGCAAAGACCUGCCGGUUGCGCUGCAGCGCGGCCUACUGGCGACGUUGGGUCGGCUGCAGCAGACCGUUUUGUGGAAGUUUGAGGAGCAGAUGGAGCAGCUACCGGCCAACGUGCAUCUGCUGGACUGGGCGCCGCAAGAGAGCAUCCUAGCGCACCCCAACGUGUUGGUAUUCAUCUCGCACGCGGGGCUGCUGUCGGUGACGGAGGCAACGCAGUACGGCGUGCCGCUGCUCGGCCUGCCUAUCUUCGGCGACCAGUUCGUCAACAUAGACCAGGUCGUGCAGCGCGGCUGCGGUCUCAGGGUCGACUUCUCCGAGGACCUACCUUCCAAGCUGCAGGACGCAUUACGUGAAAUACUGGAUAAUCCCAAGUACCGUGAGAACGCUAAGCUGGCGUCGCGGGUGUUUAGAGCGAGGCUGGCGAGCCCUCGCGCGUCGUUAGCGCACUGGGCGCGGCUGGUGGCGAGUACACGCGGCGCCGAGCACCUGCAGCCGCCCGCGCGCCUCAUGUCCACCUUCUCCUGGCUGCACCUCGACCUCCUGCUCGUGCUGCUCGCUAUCGCCUGGUUCUUAUCCAAAGUCGUUAAUGUUAUUAGAGUUCACUUGAAAGACACUGAAUCAACAGAUGACUCGAUAAAGAAAAAUGAGUGAUAUUAAUUUUUAACUGUUAGUGAGGCAUUAGCAAAUGUAUGUCCAUAAGUUAUAAUUAA